AUGAUAUGGGCAUCCUUCUCCAAGAGCACCAAGUCCGCCGGUGUAGCCGUGGCGUUCCCCAGGUUCUCGAGCCUGCCGGUGCGUCUCUCAUCUUCUGAACAUAGCGUCCCCAUCGCAUUCAUCUGCUUCUCCUAUCACGCCGCGACCAUUGCCACGGUGGUCUCCUCUGACGAUGGUUGCGGCGGCGACGGCAAGAAGAAGAGUCCAGAUGUUAGCCGCCACACGUCGGAGGAUCGCUUGCCGGUCCUCUCAGAGUUGUUCAAAUCUUCAGGGCAUAAUGCGGACAUCAUUUCGGAACUAAAGGGAGUUCUGUUAGAGCGGAAGAUGGGGUGGUCCCAUUCACUGGAGAUGGAGCUGCAGAGGUUCCGCGGCAAUGGUGAUGGGGUCCCUUUAAAUGCUUAUGUCGUCUACAAGGUCUUAAGGAGUCUGCCGAACUCGGAGCUGGGCUUCCAUUUUUACUCCUGGGCCGAAACCCUUCCCGGGUUCAAGCAUGAUCACUUCACCGACGAGUCUAUCCUCUCAUCGUUGCUGAAAGAUGGGAACUUUGAGCUCCUGUCGCAGGUUCUCAAGAAGAUGAGGGACCGCGGAUUCUCCCCUCACCGCUCUGUUUACCGGCUUCUCAUAUCUGGUUAUGUCAAAGCAGGUCUGAUUGAAUAUGCGGUUCGGACCUUUGACGAGAUGAUCGAGUCAGGCUGCCGUGAGUUCGGCAUCGAUUACAACAGGCUUAUCGGAGUUCUGAUUAAGAGCCAUUGCUUUGAUCUGGUUGAGCGGUACUACGAUAGGAUGACCCAAUUGGGGUUCACCCUGAGCCCGUUUACGUACUCCAGGUACAUUUGUUGCCUCUGCAAGGUUAGGAAUCUCAGUCGAGUUGAGAAAAUUCUGGCGGACAUGUAUAGACUCGGAUUGGUCCCCGACAUAUGGGCAUUCAAUAUGUACAUGGAUUCACUGUGCAAGGAUAACAAACUGAAGGCAGCCUUGGAUGUCCUCGAGACCAUGACUGAGAGAGGGAGGCAGCCAGAUGUUGUCACGUACACAACUGUCAUUAACAGCUUGUGCAAAGCAAGACGUUUCCAGGAUUCAGUGGCUCUCUGGCGUGAGAUGAUGAGGAGACACCUGAGACCAGAUAAUGUCGCCUGUGGCACCUUGGUUUUUGGGUUGUGCAACCAUGGGAAGGUUGAUCUUGGUUAUGAAAUUGUGAUGGGAAUGAUGCAGAGAACUAUCGAGAUAAGUGUUCCCAUAUACAACGCUCUGAUAGGUGGGUUCUGUAAGACCAAUAGGAUUGAGAAAGCUCAUGCAAUUGUAUCGUUCAUGCAGAGAAACGGGUGCAAACCAGAUCUGAUCACGUACAACACACUCCUGAAUCAUCUCUGUAGCAAGCUCAGGCUGGAAGAAGCGGAGAAGUUGAUACUCAAGAUGGAAAAUAUUGGCAUAACUCCCGAUAAGUAUAGUUAUAAUCAGCUUCUGAAGGGGUUGUGCAAUGCCAACCAGCUCCAAAAGGCAUACUCCUUGAUGGUAAACAAGAUGGAGGUCGAAGGCUUCUGUGAUGUCGUGUCCUGUAACACUCUCAUUAAUGCACUAUGUCGUUCUAGGAGUGUUGGAACGGCCUACAGAUUAUUCAAGGAAAUGGGCAGAAAGGGUAUAAAUCCAGAUAUAGUGACGUUUGGUACUCUCAUUAAUGGACUCUUCAGAGAGGGUCAUCCUGAUUUAGCAAAGGAAUUCUUCGAUGAUAUGAUUCAUAUGGGCAUCGUUCCUAAUGUCGUCGCCUGUACUACCAUGAUAGAUAAUGUUUGCAAGUCUGGUCAAGUGGGAGUGGCUCGACGCUUUUUCCUUGAGAUGAUUGAGAAGGGAAUCACUCCUGAUGUGGUCGCAUACAGUUGCCUUCUAAAUGGGCUAUGUAAGGCUUCUAGGGUACAUGAAGCCAUGGAUCUGUACGAGGACAUGUGCCUCAGGGGUUUAACUCCAGACGAAGUUACCUUUAAGUUGAUAAUAAGUGGUCUGUUACAGAAAGGGAAGAUUGCAAUGGCUUGUAGUAUUUGGGACCACAUGAUGGAGAAGGGAUACACUUUAGACAGAACGGUAUCCAGGGAAUUGGCAAAUGCUAUGAAGUCGAAGCAAUCAUCCGACUCGAAUUUGCAGAGAGGUAGGUUUCCAUCCGUCGGAAUUCUUCUCCCAGCUGAUUUACCAUAA